AUGCGAAGUCUCGAUACAUGUUUAACACCAACUGUAGUACAAUUCCUUGACGAAUCUCAAGAAAUCCGCGCCCACUAUGAUUCCGACUGCUCCCCGUUCGGGAGCACUCCGGCUGCUCAGGACUUGUCGCCGGACCUAAGCAGGGCCAAUUUCAACGAUGCGAAUCAUGUGCAGACACCUUCGCCUUCUAUUGUCAGUCCGACUGAGGGACUCACAGUUCUGUCAUUGCUUAAUUCAGAAUCUCCAACCCAACCACAGCAGUCCUCUUCCGCACUGCCAACCUCGUACGGACCGGCGCUUUCAUCCCCAAUUGGAUCGAGUACCCUUGUCCACCAACAGCCCCCAGGAGCUCCAGUGCUAUGGCCACUGGAGCAUGAGCAAGAAGCAAUGCUCCUACGACAUUAUGUUGACGACGUUGCUCUCUUCUUCGACAUGAUUGACGACGAGCGACAUUUUGGUAACCAUGUAGUUCAACAGGCAAAAAAGAAUAGUACCUUGAUGAAUGCUAUCCUUGCCUUGUCUGCCCGGCAACUCAGCCGUACAACGGACUUUGACCCUUACGUCGCGGAUGCCUACUAUCAAAGAUGCUUCCAGACCCUGAUCCCUGCUCUCAAUGACACUGUUGCAAUCAAUGAAGAGUCUCUUUUAGCAGCCACGAUCAUUCUUCGCCUACUCGAGGAAAUGAAUAUAUCGAUUGUCGGAUCCGAUCCUCAAGGCCACCUCUUUGGGACCCAAGCUAUCAUUCGUGCUGCGGAACAACAAUAUGCAGCCACAGAAGGCCCUAGCUUUCGCCAAGCGAUCUACUGGGCAGCAUUCAGGCAAGAGUUAUGGAUCUCUCUCAUGACGCAACGUCCUUUUCAAUUACAUAUUUUCCCUGCCGAUCGUUCCCUCGAGCCUGCCUCGGACUCGAUAUGGGCCACCCGCACAAUUGCUCACCUUGGAGACGUGUGUAACUUUGCGUUUGGCGAAGAGAGGCAUAGCGUCACGAGGUAUGCUCAAUUGAUGGAUGAGAACACUGCAUGGAGGUCCCGGCGUCCAGACAGCUUUGAUCCAUUUUUCUACCGACAUGACCGUGAUGGGAGUGGAAGAAGUUUUCCAGAUAUUAGGUUCCACGAGAAAGCUCAUGCAAUGGGAAAACAAUACAACACUCUUGCGCAUGUUUUACUGGUUGUACACGACCCUACCAUCCCCCAGCUUGGCCCGUCUCAUAAACAGUCGCGGCAAGUAGUUGAUAAAAUGGUUCAAGAAGAUGUCCGAACAUUAUGUGGUGUUGCGUUGUCAAAUCCUAAAGCCUGGCCCUCAAAAUUCGUCGCAUGCUUCGCGAUCGCACUUGUCGGCGACCGAUUCACCCAUCACGAGGACCAAGAGUGGCUUUGCCAAAUGCUCAUCCAGACUGAAGCUGUCCAUGGGUUUCCGCCAAUAUCAACAACAAAACAUCAACUCGAGGAGGCCUGGGGCUGGACUACUUGCUAA